AUAAGCCCAAUCGUUCAUGCAUUAUACUAUUGCUCACAGAAGAAUUGAUGGCAGACAUCUCACCUGCCUCUCACAGACCAUGGAUCAAUCGCUUACAAAUAGCCAUGUUGCAUCGUAAUCUUCCAUCCAACUUUCCCCCAAAAAAUGGAUGCGUUGUUUCUGUCCAUAGAGCUGUUUCCUAUUCUCUGCUGCCUCAUCCUUUACUACUACCACCUGCAAUCAAAGAAAACGAGCACUUCGGAGCCGACCGAAUGGCCGAUGGUGGGUCAUCUCCCCGGCAUGAUCGCCAACAUCCACAGCUUCCACGACUGGGCCACCGCCGUCCUGACCGGCACGGGCUGCAACUUCGAAGCCCGCGCAGGGGUCACCGGUGUGCGGUAUUUUAUCACCUGCGACCCGGCCAACGUGCGGCACAUCUUCACGUCCAACUUCGUCAACUACCCGAAAGGUGACGAGUUCGCCGAAAUCUUCGACGUCCUUGGCGGCGGCAUCUUCAACGCCGAUGGGGAGUCGUGGCGGCGCCAGCGGGUGAAGGCACAGAUGCUCAUGACCGGUCCUCGGUUUCGCGCCUUCUCGGCACGGUGCAGCCGCGACAUGGUGGAGAAGAGCCUCUUGCCUUUCCUUGCCCACGCCGCCGACGAGGGAAGGCCGUGUGAUCUGCACGACGUGUUCCUGAGGUUAACGUUCGACAUGACUUGCACUCUCGUUUUCGGCGUCGACCCUGGGUGCCUGGCGAUCGGCUUGCCCGUGGUUCCCUUCGCGCGCGCGAUGGACGAUGCGUUGGAGACGCUUUUCCUACGGCACAUCAUCCCCGUGCCGUUGUGGAAGCUGAUGAACAGGCUUGAAGUAGGUCAGGAGAAGAAGAUGGCCGCUGCUGGAAGGACGAUCGACAGCUUCGUCGCCGCAACCGUCGCAAAACGCAGGGCCGACAAGCUCAAUGAAGGCAUCAGUAACUCGGCCGACUUGCUGUCAUCCUUCAUCUGUCACGAAGACACCAGUGACAAUGAUGACAAGUUCUUACGGGACACGACAGUGAACCUCUUGCUCGCAGGCCGCGACACGACGGGCGCGGCGCUGUCGUGGUUCUUCUACCUCCUCUCCAAGAACCCGCGCGUCGAGCAGAAACUACUGGACGAGCUUGAGCCCAUUGCUUCCCGGAGAGUCGUCGACACGGCUGAGACAGCCAGCGGCAUGAUGAGCUUCGACGCGAGCGAGCUCGCCAACCUGCUGUACCUGCACGCAGCCUUGUGCGAGUGCUUGAGGCUGUACCCGUCCGUCCCGUUCGAGCACAAGGCGGUGGUCGCCGACGACGUGCUGCCUAGCGGGAAGGAGAUGAAGGCAGGCGACAAGGUACUGGUGUUCAACUACUCCAUGGGCAGGAUGAAGAGCGUCUGGGGCAAGGACUGCAUGGAGUUCAGGCCCGAGAGGUGGAUCACCGAGGAAGGGAAGCUGCGGUACGAGCCGUCUUACAAGUUCAUCUCGUUCAACGCCGGGCCGCGGACGUGCCUCGGCAAGGAGAUGGCGUUCGUGCAGAUGAAAACCGCUGCGGCUGCCGUGCUUUGGAACUUCGCCGUUGAGGUCGUGCCGGGGCACGUCGUGGAGCCCAAGCUGUCCAUCAUACUUCAUAUGAAGAAUGGGCUCGCCGUCAGGGUCAGGAGAAGGGACGCCUGCCACGGCUAGCUAGCUCCUGACUGAACACGUCUCGCGCGGCUGCACGGCGUGUUACGCUGUUAUACGGCCGGACGUAGCUACACGUAUAGUGUGACGGGUAUCAGAACGUAUAUCCAUGCAUGCAUGUGCCCGGCAACGCCAUCGAUGUGCGCUUGGUAAUUUGGCGUGCUAUACUAGCAAAAAAAUUGAGGCCUUCAUGUACUGCACCAGCAUAUAUGUGCAUAUGUACGUUGCGAUAUAUGUUUAAGUCACAUGACGUGAUUGUA